AGAUUAUUAAGCUUGACAAUGACAUUCACGAGUUGAAAAAAAAAAGAGAUAAAAAUAGAAAGUUAUAAUUAGCUAUAAUUGUGAUAAUAUUUAGAAGAAAAAGUUAUUAAUUAAUGCACGAUGCCUUGUAAACAAAAAAUUGCCUAAGGAAAUUAAAGUUUAUAAAAGAAGUAAAGGAAGAAGAGCACAAAAAUGUCUACAAUAAUGACAACAUUAAUGACCCCAACAAUAAUAUCCUCAACGCCUAUAAGCAUAGACAGUCAAACGAUUAAUAUUACUUCGGAGACAUGCUUCUCGAAAUUUGAGGAUUUUUUAUAUGCAGCAGACACAAUAUACUGUAAUUGGACAUACGAUAGCUUAUUGUGUUGGCCUCCAACAAAAUCAGGUGAAACUGCAAGACUUCGCUGCCCUCCAGGAAGAGGAAUAGAUCCAUCAAAAUUCGCUGAGCGUCGCUGCAGCAAUGAUGGAAAGUGGGAAGGAAGACUAGGGUCAACAGAUAGUGCACGAGGAUGGACGAACUAUACACCAUGUUAUCUACCAGAAAUUUUAGAGCUAAUCACAAAAAUGGGUGAAGAUAGAGGGAUUAAAAUGAAAAUUGCUGAGCGAACGCGAACGAUGGAGAUUAUUGGUUUAAGCAUUUCUCUAUUAGCAUUAGUUGUAUCACUUAUCAUAUUUUAUCGAUUUCGAAGCCUUCGUAAUAACCGAACGAGAAUUCAUAAAAAUUUAUUUAUUGCUAUGGUAAUUCAAGUCCUCAUACGAUUAAUAUUGUACAUAGAUCAGGCAAUUUCAAGAGCUGGUGAUGAGGGGAGUCAUGGAAUUGACAAUACGCCAUAUUUAUGUGAGGGUUCAUACAUCCUCCUCGAAUAUGCACGUACGGCAAUGUUUUUAUGGAUGUUUAUUGAGGGCCUUUAUCUACACAACGUUGUGACUGUGACAGUUUUUCAGGGACGCUUUCCACAUUAUCUAUAUGCAUCCAUAGGUUGGGGACUUCCCAUCAUCAUGACUACAAUUUGGGCAGCAUAUACAGCUGUGCAGAAAGUUAAUCAAAAGUGCUGGUUUGGAUAUAAUUUAACGCCUUACUAUUGGAUACUGGAAGGACCUCGUCUGACUGUUAUCAUAUUAAAUCUUAUAUUUCUACUAAACAUCAUUCGAGUUCUUGUUGUGAAGCUCCGACAAAGCCAUACGGGUGAAGUGGAGCAAGUGCGGAAAGCUGUUAGAGCGGCAAUUGUUCUCUUGCCAUUGUUAGGAAUAACAAAUAUGUUAAAUAUGGUGAAUUCUCCACUAGAUCAUUCGCCUUUGGAAUUUGCUUUAUGGUCGUAUGGAACGCAUUUUUUGACGUCAUUUCAAGGAUUUUUUAUAGCUAUGAUAUAUUGCUUCCUUAAUGGGGAGGUGCGUACCGCGAUUCUUAAGUCUAUAAGUGUAUAUAUGUCAUUACGUGGACACCACGAUUGGGCCAUGAGACGACCGUCAAUGUUCUCUGGUAACUAUCCAACUGCUGCCGAUACUGAGCAACAAGUGCCACAGCCGUUGAAUGUUCAUAAUAUUAAUAAAUCAAACAAACAGUCGCAAGGGACUCAACGAAUGCGAAGUAAUUGGAUAAGAUUAUUCUUUUCGCCAAAGCAAAUCAAUCAGAUGCCUGUGGAGCAACCAGAGUCAGUUGUGUUUGAUAUUUCCGAUUAAUUUGUCCAUAUCCAUGUCAACUACACAAAAUAAAUAUAAAUUUAUACAAAUAAAUACUUACACACAAUACUAAGAAAUAAUCAAAAUAAAAUUUGAUCAAAAUCAAACCAAAAAAGUGCGCAAAAUAUAAAAAAAAAUUCAUUAAGAUUUUUUUUCUGUACAUUUGUAU